AUGGGAGUUUCAAAGCCAUUAUCAGGUUGCACAGUGAGCGUAGUUGAUCGGGACCUGUUGAACCAAGCACAUCUAUAUGUCUUGGAGAAUACGGAGGAAGUCCUACCUUAUAUCGAGCAACAUAUGAUCCACAUCCAGACCGCUUAUCCAAAAUUUAGAAAGAGAACAAAGUGGCUGCAGGAUAAGCACAAUAGCACUUUCAUUCAAUGGCUACGCUUCAAGGUGCAAAGUGAACUUAAUGAGGAAGACAAUCAUGGCGUAUCAGAAAAUUUAAGGUGGCUAGCAGCUGGUCCAAACAUGGCAGUGCCAUUAUAUAGGAGCUAUCUCAUUAAAGGUAUUAAAUUCAACAUCAAGGCACAAGAUGAUGUGCGGACAACUCAAAAUAGUGGAGUUUAUUUACUUGCACAUACUAUGCAAGUUGCUAGUGCCAAGGAUAAAAACCCAAUUCUCUCAAAUAUGGGUUUCUAUGGUGUCAUUCAAGAAAUUUGGGACCUUGACUACCAAAAGUUUACAAUCCCAGUCUUUAGGUGUGAUUGGAUUGAUAAUACUUCUGGUCUUGUAGUGGACGAACUUGGAUUUACCCUUGUAGAUUUGAGUAAAAUUGGACAUAGGAAUGACCAAUUUGUUUUGGCUUCUCAAGUCAAACAAGUAUUUUUUGUUGACGACCCGAUGCAUCGUGGUUGGUCGGUAGUGUUAUCAAUGCCUAAUAGAGAAUAUAAUGAUGUUAUUGGUGAUGAUGUCUUAGGUGAUGUGAGAAUUGAGUGUGAGCCAUUUACUAGGGGGAUGCCAAAUGUUGACACAUUUGAUGAAGUGGUGGUUGAGUUAGGGAGUCAAAAUAUUCGAGAUGGGUGUGAAGAUAUAUGGGUUGAAUGA